AUGGUUUAUAGUUUGGGCCACCCCCCGAUGGGGACCGCAGAGUACAGGCGCCACGCAUCGACCACUACUCUUCUCCGAGCGCGGCGGGGGCCGUGGGCGGCGCCGGCGUACGUGGCGGCGCACACGGCGUGCCUGGCGCUGUGCCUCCCCAACGCCGUGCUCUUCGAGGCCGCCGCCCCCCUCCUCUUCGGCUUCCUCCCCGGCGUCCUCUGCGUCUUCGCCGCCAAGGUCCUCGCCGCCUCCCUCUCCUUCUCCAUCGGACGGGCACUUUUCAGGAGCUCUAAAUCCGCAAUGGAGUGGGUGCAAAGAAAUAAGUACUUCAACCUUCUCGUUAGAGGGGUCGAACAAGACGGGUGGAGAUUCGUUCUUCUUGCUCGGUUCUCUCCUUUGCCCUCCUAUGUCAUCAACUACGCCCUAGCCGCGACUAAUGUCAAUUUUCUUGUCGAUUUCCUUUUCCCAACAAUUAUCGGGUGCCUUCCGAUGAUCCUACAGAAUACAUCCAUCGGCAGCCUCGCAGGUGCCGCUGUAGCCUCCUCCACUGGCUCUAAGAAAUCUAAUAUCUACUCUUAUUUUUUCCCUCUACUGGGAAUUGCCUCGAGUGUUUUAAUAUCCUUGAGGAUCAAAAAGUACUCCUCUAAGUUCGCCAUUGCUGAAGAGCUCAAACGCUCUUCGUCCGAUAAGAGGAAAGAUGAAGACAGCAAAGUUAUAGAGUUGCCUGAAGACGCCAAGAGAAAGUAAAACUAUAUAUUCAGUAGUUUUUCUCUUUUCUAUUUAUACACCUUAUCAAGGAUUAGUUAACAUUUAUAAGGCUUAAAAUUUAAGUUCCCAUUGCCUUUAGACCAGCAUAUCUUUUAUUUUUCUUUUAACUCCUUAAUCUGUUUGGUGCCCUAGUUUUGAUUUUUUUGGGUGGCAAUAUACAGAUACAAAAUCCGCCUUCCCUCUAUUUGUCUUGCCAGCCAGUGGUAUCUUCUUUUUUAAGCUGGCACUUGUAAUGUCAGGGAAAGUGCAUUUUCUUUUCACAGUUGUGUUAACUUAAAAAGUAUCACUCAGUGUUUACCCCUAUUGUUCUCAUUGAGUAGCACAUAUCUUGUUGUAUUAUUUGAAAA